CGGUGGCGUUGCCACGUCCUGGGAGAAAACCACGCAUGCGCAGUCGGGGAACCCAAUGUGGCGGCUUCUUUUCCUCUGAGGGAAGAAGAAAAGCGGCGAGGAUGGCGUUCACGCUGUACGCCUUGCUGCAGGCCGCGCUCCUAUUCGUGAACGCCAUCGCCGUGCUGCACGAGGAGCGCUUCCUCCGGAGAAUUGGCUGGGGAGCAGACCAAGGAAUUGGAGGAUUUGGAGAAGAUCCAGGAAUUAAAGGACAAUUAAUGAAUCUUAUCCGAUCUGUACGAACAGUUAUGAGAGUUCCAUUAAUUGGAGUAAACACGGUUACAAUAGUAUUGCUUUUGUUGUUUGGCUGAAGAUGAACUUUUUCCAAAGAAGCUGCAUAGUAUUUUGAACAAAUGGACUGCUGGCUGGUUUGCUCAUUGGGAUUCAAACUGGCUUGGCUGUCAGAGCCACCCUUUUGCCUCAAUAAAGACCUUGUUUCUAUUUAUUGUAUCCCUUAACAUUCACUUGUGUUUCAUUGUGCCAGAGAACUGAAUCAAGACAAGAGUGCUGUGUAGAUAUGCCAAAUUUGAACAGAUUUCCUCACUUAAUAGCAUCAAGUGCUAUCUGUCGUAAUAUAUAGUAAUACUGGCAAUUACUUAAAAUACUGUUCCUCAGGGCUGAAUUUGUUACCAGUACACUUGAGAGCUUUCAAAGUUACAUUUUGUUCCAGUAAUAAUGAUGACCUUAAUGUAUAGAUAAAUGCUGUACAUUUUUUGGGACCAGAGAAGGGAAAUCUAUUCUAUGUGCUUAAUAUCAGAGAAUGGAAAUUUUGGUUGAUGGCAUUUACAGAUUUUUUUAAUGCUUUGAUAGUUAAACAAGUAGUAUGACAUUAAUAUUUCUACACACCACUGAGCAAAAUGCUUAUUUUUAAAUUUUGAUUAUGCGUUGUGACUUCUACAUAGCAAGUGGUUCCCAAGCAUUAGACCUCCAUCUCGAAGAGCAACAUUUGGGAAAUGCUGAUCUCGAAGGAUUAGAUCUGAGGAUAGAAACACCACUGCAAAAAUCUUGCUUCAAGGAAAAAUGUUUUUACAAUGUUUUUGUAAUUUUUUCUUUAUCAUAAUUUGUAUGUGUAAAAUAUGUGUAUAAAGCAGUUCGCAUUCAAAGAACUAUGCAAACAGUAAUCUGCUUUGGUGAAUAAAUUUAAAAAUGGCGGCCGGGGGGGCGGGAUAUUACAGUUAGGAAAAUAUAGCUGCAUGUCAUUUUUUUAAACAAUAAGAACAGCUUGAACUUAUUGAAGAUUUUAUCCAAUUAUGUGAAAAUCAAAUUCACUGUCAGUUGAAAUCACCACAUAUUGGAUUCUAUGCUGCGCAGUAAAGAUUUAAGACUCUGCAUCAGGUUUUCCUUUCUCUUUUCCUUAAGAGGAAUAUAAACCCACAGGCCCUGGACUUGUGGAAAAUGGAUUAACAAAGCAGCAAAUCUGAUGACUAAGAAGAAAUUAACAAUUGAGAUAUAUCUUUCACGGCACAAUCCUGCACAAGUUUACGAAGUACCACUCUCCAGUGCAUUGCAGAUUUAGAAGUGUAUUGCUGAUAAGUUGUUGUGUUUCUAGUAGUUAGAUAUGUUAUAUUGCAGUUUUCCAUAAAAUUAUUUCUUCUGUUA